AUGGAGGGGCCCAGAGUUGAUGAGAGCCAGAGUCAGGGAAAGCUCCAGAAAGAAAAAGGGCCCAGAGUUGAUGAGAGCCAGAGUCAGGGCUCAAAUAAAGAGAAAAAAGGGCCCAGAGUUGAUGAGAGCCAGAGUCAGGGAAAGCUCCAGAAAGAAAAAGGGCCCAGAGUUGAUGAGAGCCAGAGUCAGGAUGAAUUGGUGACUCAAAUAGAUGAACUCCAGAUAGAAGUGGAAAGACUCCAGAAAGAAAACAAUGAACUCAAAGUAGAACUGGAUGAACUCAAAGUAGAACUGGACUGGACAUGGACUCUCAUCCAUUCAGACAAGAUCACUAUUAAUCCAGACACAGCCCACCCCAAUCUCUCCAUCUCUGAGGAUAAGAAGAAAUUUACUCAUGAACCCCAACCUCAGAAAGUUCCAUCAUCUCCAGAGAGGUUUGAUUCAACUGUCUGUGUGUUGGGCUCUGAAGGAUUCUCCUUUGGAAAGCAGUGCUGGGAAGUGGAUGUCAGGAGCAGCACUGACUGGGACCUGGGAGUGGCCAGAAAAGCAACAGAGAGAAAAGGAAAACUUUCCCUGUCCCCUAAAGAGGGAUUCUGGGUUCUGGGUCUGAGUGGGAGAGAUUAUUGGGCAAAAACAGAUCCAUGGACUCAGGUCCUGGUGCAGAAAAAGCCCCUGAAAAUUGGAGUUUACCUUAAUUACCAAGAAGGGCAGGUGACCUUUUUCAAUGUAACUGACAUGUCUGUGUUGUUCACAUUUAAUGAUUGUUCAUUCUCAGGAGAGGUUUAUCCAUUCUUUAAAAAUUCCCACAAAGAAACAACAAUGAGAAUUUGUUCUAUAGGAGGUGAUAAAUGAACUUAAAGUGGGACUGCCACUCAUUUAUCCCAAUGUAUUUUGAAAUCAAAUUCCCCAUCAAUGAAUUUGAAUUACAUUUUGCCUCUAUAUUAAUUCUGUGGCACCAUCUCUAAUCAGC